ACUCGAGUAAAGCCGAGUACCUAAAGAUUCUACUAUCAUGGCUCACGUCUCUAGUUCAGCGGCCCAGUCUACUCUAGCCGCCGGCACCGCCCUCGACUGUGCCCAAUACUACACCCACCACCCCUCCUCCCUCAUUGAGCAACCGCAGCCAAAUCAGGCAACAGCUUGGUCGCAAGUUAGUUGCGAGUCCAUCGCCGAAAGAUUCAGCGUGGACAUCGAGCACCUGCUACGCUGGAACCCGAGUCUGAGCCGCAGCGCCUGCGUGCUGCAGCCCGGCGUCAAGUACUGCGUGGUGCAGAUCGAGCAGUCGGAGAAACCGAGCACAACGUCGCUGGGAGACGAGUCUGGUGAUCCGCCGAUUUGCACGUUCGACCCGAAGAAGGGCGAGUACGUGUGCCCGGAGCCUCCGAUUUGUAGGUUUGAUCCGAAGAAGGGGGAGUACGUAUGUCCGGAGAGCACGCCUACUGGAGGAGCUGGUCCAGUGGGAGAUGAGGAUAACUCUGAGUUGAAGUGAGCUUCGCGUGGGUAAUGUUUGCUCAGAGUAGUGUUGAAGGACUUCAUUGAAAGCAUUCACUAUUCAAGUCUAUCAAGUAUUUUUGAAAUAAGAUGCCAGGAUCAACACCAUCUGGUCUCUGUAGACA